AAACAAGAGAUCCCUAUAAUGAUUGUGUUCCGAGCGCUGGGAUUCGUGGCCGACAGAGACAUUCUCGAGCACAUCAUCUAUGACUUCGAGGACCCGGAGAUGAUGGAAAUGGUGAAGCCGUCGCUGGACGAGGCGUUUGUGGUUCAGGAGCAGAACGUGGCCCUCAACUUCAUCGGCGUUCGCGGCGCCCGACCCGGUGUUACCAAAGAGAAGCGAAUCAAAUACGCGCGAGAGAUCCUUCAGAAGGAAAUGCUGCCACACGUCGGCGUCAGUGACUUCUGCGAGACUAAGAAAGCCUAUUAUUUAGGAUAUAUGGUUCACCGACUCCUGUUGGCAGCCCUCGGGCGCCGGGAGCUCGACGACCGCGAUCACUACGGCAAUAAACGUCUCGAUUUGGCGGGACCUCUGCUCGCUUACCUCUUCAGAGGUCUGUUCCGUAACUUAACAAAAGAGGUGCGAAUGUAUGCCCAGAAGUUCAUCGAUAGGGGCAAAGACUUUCAGUUAGAGUUAGCCAUAAAGACUCGCAUUAUCUCCGAUGGUUUGCGGUAUUCGUUGGCGACCGGCAAUUGGGGCGACCAGAAGAAGGCACAUACGGCCAGGGCUGGCGUCUCACAGGUGUUGAACCGACUGACCUAUGCGUCCACUCUCUCACACUUACGUCGAGUGAAUUCGCCGAUUGGAAGGGACGGCAAACUCGCGAAACCCCGUCAAUUGCACAACACUUUGUGGGGAAUGAUAUGUCCCGCAGAGACGCCUGAGGGACACGCCGUCGGUCUCGUCAAGAACUUGGCUCUCAUGGCAUAUAUAUCUGUCGGUUCUCAACCGUCACCUAUACUCGAGUUCUUAGAGGAGUGGUCGAUGGAAAACCUGGAAGAGAUCGCGCCGUCAGCUAUAUCUGAAGCCACAAAGAUCUUUGUGAACGGCUGUUGGGUUGGCAUACAUCGAGAGCCCGACCUAUUGAUGAACACAUUGAGGAAACUGAGGCGUCAAAUGGAUAUUAUUGUGUCUGAAGUAUCGAUGGUUCGCGAUAUCAGAGAUCGUGAGAUUCGUAUUUAUACGGACGCCGGGAGGAUAUGUCGUCCACUUCUGAUCGUUGAGAAUCAGAAACUGUUGCUUAAGAAGCGUCACAUAGAGAUGCUUAAGGAACGGGAGUAUAACAGCUAUAGUUGGCACGAUUUGGUGGCUUCGGGUGUCGUCGAGUACAUCGAUACUCUCGAAGAGGAGACUGUCAUGAUUGCGAUGACUCCGGACGACCUCCAGGACAGCGAAAUGGCCUACUGUUCCACUUAUACGCACUGCGAGAUUCACCCAUCGAUGAUAUUAGGUGUUUGUGCCUCUAUUAUCCCAUUCCCUGAUCACAACCAAUCGCCUCGUAAUACAUACCAGUCCGCUAUGGGUAAGCAAGCGAUGGGUGUCUACAUAACCAACUUUCACGUCCGAAUGGACACAUUGGCGCACGUCCUCUACUACCCGCAGAAACCUUUAGUCACCACCCGUUCCAUGGAAUACCUGCGCUUCAGAGAACUUCCGGCAGGAAUUAACGCCAUUGUGGCGAUCAUGUCAUACACGGGCUAUAAUCAGGAGGACUCAGUCAUUCUGAACGCCUCUGCCAUCGAUCGCGGAUUCUUUAGAUCCGUAUUCUAUAGAUCUUAUAAAGACUCGGAACAGAAACGAAUGGGCGAUCAGGAGGAACAGUUCGAACGGCCCACUCGUGACACCUGUCAGGGCAUGAGGAAUGCCAUCUACGACAAGCUCGAGGACGACGGCAUCAUAGCUCCGGGCACUCGAGUGUCCGGCGAUGACGUGAUUAUAGGGAAGACGUCUUUACUGCCCGAAAAUGAGGACGAAUUGGAGGGACAGAUCAAGAAAUACACGAAACGCGAUGCGAGCACUUUCCUCAGGAAUAGUGAGACCGGAAUCGUUGAUCAGGUGAUGAUCACAAUCAACAACGAGGGCUACAAGUUCUGCAAAAUACGCGUCCGUUCUGUACGAAUACCACAAAUUGGCGAUAAGUUUGCCUCAAGACAUGGACAGAAAGGAACGUGUGGUAUAUCUUACCGACAAGAGGAUAUGCCUUUCACUUGUGAGGGAAUAACACCAGACAUUAUAAUCAAUCCGCACGCUAUCCCAUCCCGUAUGACAAUCGGACAUUUGAUUGAAUGUCUUCAGGGAAAGGUAUCGGCAAAUAAGGGAGAGAUAGGAGACGCCACUCCUUUCAACGAUACGGUGAACGUGCAGAAGAUCUCUGAUUUACUUCAUGAAUACAACUAUCAAUUGCGAGGCUAUGAAGUGAUGUACAACGCGCACACCGGGAGGAAAGUGAGCGCUCAGAUAUUCAUUGGUCCCACUUAUUACCAGAGACUCAAACAUAUGGUCGACGAUAAGAUCCACUCGAGAGCCAGAGGACCCGUUCAGAUACUCGUCAGACAGCCUAUGGAGGGUCGGGCGCGCGAUGGAGGCCUACGUUUUGGUGAGAUGGAGAGAGAUUGUCAGAUAUCUCACGGCGCCGCACAGUUCUUAAGGGAACGCCUGUUUGAAGUGUCCGAUCCCUAUCGCGUCCAUAUCUGCAACUUGUGUGGACUCAUAUGUAUCGCCAACUUAAGGAACAACACGUUUGAGUGUAAAAAUUGUCGCAACAAAACCCAGAUAUCUCAGGUCCGGGUGCCCUACGCCUGCAAACUCCUUUUCCAG